GGGGCGCCUCGGGGCCGUGGGCCGUCCGUCCCCAGUGCUCUUGGCCCCGGCGCCGCUGAGCUCGGCGGAGGCUGUCUCAGCCAGGGGGCGAGGAAAGCGAAAGUUCGCCCAGGGCCGGGGCUUGAAGCCUCCUCGACGGAAGGAGCAGGGCGCUGGAGAGGGGACCUCCGGCCCGCUCGCUGCCUUUCUGGGACAGCCAGGCGCCUGCCUGCCUCUGGCCGGGCUGGGGGAGCUCGCGGGGGGAGAGCAGGAAGACGGCGGCGCCGCCAGCCCACAAGAGCCCCACGCCGGCUCCGACCCGUCCUGCCUUCGCGGAACCGAAGUGACUUCGGCGCCCACUCACAGUCCCGACCAUGGGGGAAAACCAUUUAGAGCAGUGCCAGAAGGAGACCGAGGAAGUGACUCAGAUCAUGUUGGAAAACUACAGCAAGGUGCUGGAUCGUGAUGGCAAACUGAGCGACCUGGAUGAAAGAGCAGAGAAGCUCCGAAACGAGAGUUCUGCCUUCAGCAAGACCACACACCAGAUAGCCUUACAGCAGCGCUGGAAGAACAGGAAAUGCAAGAUCAUCCUGGCGGCUGUGGUGGUUGGGGCUAUCCUCCUCAUCCUGGCAAUAGUUCUUGCCCUCAAGUUCGGCGGCUCUGGGAACGAGGAGCCUGCAGCAAAAGCCAGCACUGGUGGGGACUGAAUGGGAACGGAGACAACUGGAGAAUCUUCUCCACCAAACUCUGCCUUGACUCAGCGUGUUGAUGCUACUUGGGGCUCCUAUCAGAAAUUUGUUGCAGCAGCAGCUUGUAGGGAAGCAAGAGCUGCAACUCUUGUAGUAUUCAGUGUCCAUGCACAAGUCAUAUGGCUCCAGCCAAGCAAUAUCUAUGCUCAGCCCUGAAUGGUGCAACAUUGUGUGUUUGCAAUCCUGUUUAGUGGCAAGCUGUGCCACACGUUGAUCAAAAAGAAAGCCUUGCAUUUCUACGUUCGGGUUUAAGGAGGGAGACAGACAUGGUCCUCCUGUCUUUCACUCCUGAAAACCGACAGUAGAUUUAGAGUGUAGAUUGUCUACUUUUUAUGACAGGGAAAUGAGAGAUAAUUGCUUUUGGCAACUGAAAGUGAAGGAUGGCAGAAUAGAUGAUGAAUGGGAGUGAGCCAUAGAAUUCCCAUUAAUUUCAAUGGGACUUGUACCAGAAAGUUUUGCCUGGGAUUGUGCCUCAUGUUAAUUAAUGAGAGGGGAGGUGUCAUUUAGUUUUUCUGAACAGAAUGUUUUGAGCCUGCCCUGCUCUUUUUAAUGCUCAACUACAUCACCAAUAGGGAUAUUUCUCUGCAAGUGGAAGCAUGUAUUCUGCUUCUCAAUCAUGAGAUUAAGGAAUAAGCCAUUUUUUUCCAGUGAUCUUAAGGAAUUUCACAGAUGGUCUUGAAGUUAGAAGUGUAGUAAAUUAUGCUGUAGCACAAAGUAUGCCUACAUUUCAAAGGACUGGAUGCCAUGUAGAACUUACGUGUACCAUCCUUCAAACUUUCCUUUAGUCAUGUAUGCCUUUUUUAAAAUGUGAAAGCUGACACCUCUUGAAUAGGAAUUAGUUUUGCUAUUGUGCCUUGCUAGCAAAAGUAAUUGGGACAAAAUUCAUAUUUUCUUCAGUCUAAGCCAAUGUUUUUCCAAGAGUUGUUUUUUAAAAAUGUGCAUAUCCAAAUAUCCAGCUAUUUUCAUUAACUGGUUGUGGUGGGUUUUCUGGGCUGUGUGGCUGGCAUCUUCAGAGGUGUAUCACAGAGAAAAGUCUGUCUGAAACAUCUGGCCCAGACAGAGAAACAGUCUUUUCUCUGUGAAACACCUCUGAAGAUGCCAGCCACAGAUGCAGGCGAAAUGUUAGGAACAAGAUCUACCAGACCACGGCCACACAGCCUGGAAAACCCACCACAACCAGUUGAAUCCGGCUGUGAAAGCCUUCGACAAUAUAUUAAGAACAUAAGAACAUUUUCAUUAACAUGUUCAACUUUUUAAUUUACACAUAACUGCCCAUUUAGUAUUUCCUCUAGAGUUCUGCCUUCAGAUGUAUCUUUUCUCUCUGAUUUGAAUAUUUAGAAAUGUACAAACCAGGACUAUAUCUUCCUAUGCAUAGAUUUGGGUUGUUUAAAAACCAUGGAUUGCUCAGCCCUUGUGGUGAGAGGAAUAAGUCUCCUCUUUGUUUUCAUGGGUUUAAUGCACAGUGCUCAGAAACCAUGUGCUACAUAAGGAUAAUUUUAUAGGGAGAUUACAACAGAACACUCUGGUGCUGACACAGCCAAAAGCACAUCUAGCUGCCAUACAGUUCUGCUCCUGUGUACUUGUGUCUGCCUCUGCUAAUUUCAUAAAUACCUAGCUAAAAAAACUUCACAUUUUAAAAUAGGGUUGGCAAGAGCCCUAUUCAGAUAUCUACUUUUUAAAAAACUGUAUCUUUUAAUUUAUGAGCUAUGAAAGUGUGGACUUGUUCAAUAGAUCAUUCUUCCUGUACCUUUUUCAAGACCUAUCUUUUGUGGCAAGUUCUAUAAAAAGUAGAUCGCUUUGUAAUGAAUGACUGAUAGCUACAGAUUGCUGCAUCAACUGCGGAGUGAUUGACAAAGUCAAAGAAGACCAGUAGGAGAAGACAGAGUCUCCUUCCAGGGUUAAAACACAAGCAGAGCAAGAAGUCUGCCAAUAAGUGUAGGUCUGUGAAGGCUGAUUUAAACAUGAUGCUGAUGGAUUUAACUUUGCACCACCGCAGACACCCUAUGUCUUGUUCGAAUUGGAGCACUGCACUGCUAGCAUAUCAGUGCAAAGCCUGCCUAGAAUAUGACUCUUUGGCAUGCUAUACUCUGUUCAACACAAAGAUCUAAGUGUGGUCAUGCGUGCUGUGGCAGGAGUUGCAGCAUUCAUGGCCACAGUUUAAAAGAGUAUGGAUUCUCUCUUGCUGCCAGAGAUCCUUAUUUAAGUGCCACUUUUGUAAAAAACAAAAAACAGCCUGCCCUGCACUAGGAAACACAGAACUUUGAAAAAGUAGCAUUCAUAUUGCUCUGGGUGGCUAUUAGCAAAACUCACCUUUUUGUAAUGUGGAGCCUGCCAUUUUCUUACCCGCGGCAGAACCCAGUGGAAUAUUCAACAUAAAAAUGAUCCAGGAGGAUGUGGUGAGUUAAUUCCCACAUCUCCUUGGUUGUUUAUGUUGAACAGAGUACAACAUUGCACUUGUAGCAGCUGAUAGCCCAAUUUAAAUGAGACACUGGCCAUUGGAACAAUGUUAGUCUUGGACAGUGCAAUCCAGAGGGAGAGGAAGCUGCACCGUGCCCAGGGACGGCACAGCAAUGGCACAGCUAACUGCUUCCUAAGCAGUUAGCUGUGCUAUGGCCAGAGGCUCAGGAUCAGGAAAGAGCAAGAUGCAGCUGGGGUGGGCAAGGCGAGGAACCAGGCAAAUGAGAGGGGAAGGGAUGGGCCCAAUGUGGCUCCGAAGGAGGCCACCAGAGGAUGGAGUGGGGGAAUCCCCCCCAGGGGCAGGUAUAUCCUUAAAAAGCACAGGGGCUGGUGUCGGUGCAGGGGACAGCAAAUGGGCCAAUGGGGAUCUAACCACCUCAAGGGAUGGCGAAGGCAACCCCUCCGGACAAAUCCAGAAGGCAUGUUGGUGGGGAAAGAGGGGCUGAUGCUGCAGGGGCCUGCAGAGAGCGGAAUAGGGUGUCUAAGACCCCCUCCAUCUGACCCAGCUCCUCAGCCAGCACCCACCCCAUACCAAGCAAAGCUUCAAGGUGAGGCUUUUGAGAGAGUGGCGGACAGAUGCUCCAUCCAGUGAUUCACCUGGGAGGCGGACUCCAGUCACUCAUGACGCCCUCCAGGUGCUCCCACUCAGUGGACAACAGUGCUGGGAAGGACAUCCCUGGGAGCAAGUGUUGGAGGGUGUUGUGGCAGUGGCAAGCAAGCCACACAACAGGCCACUCAGGCAGGGUGGGAGAGGGCAUCCUCCCAUAGGCAGAGUGCCCCUCAGGAGGAGAACUGUUUGGACAACUACCAAUGAUUUGCUGGAGUUUCUCUGGGGUCCAUCUACUUUUGAACAGUGUAAAGGGACUACCUUGAAGGAAGGGGGCAAAAAUAUCUUCUAAGCUUGGAACUCCUGCUACCAGUAAAAGUUGUGCAGCUGAUAAUUGUUGGAAUGAGUUGCUCUCUGGCAGGCCAAAAAUUCUGUCAGAGAGUCCAGCCAAGGGGACUGGACAUGAGAAUUUGAUUGUUCCCAUGCCUGUGCAGGCGUCAGCCUUCCAUCACUGUGGUUAGGGUUUCCAAGCUCAGAUCAUUCUGAGCCCACAUGGACACACAUGGCAACGUCAGAGCCCCCUCAUGGAUUUGGGCUCUCCUCUUGAAUACUGUGGCUCUGGCCCUCAUACCCCACUGCCUGGUGGCCAGGAAUCCACUGGGAGUCCAGUCACAAGUCCAGGUCAACCUGGCCUUUUCAUGACUCUCACUGUGCUUCCAAAGUCCAUGGUUCCACAUGCAAAUUCUUGGGAGAGACAUUGGAAGAUUAGGGAGGGCUGGGGGAGCCCACGUGCCACGGCCACUCACCCAAAAGUGGCAUUUAUGUCAGUGCUGAGUUCACACUGCUAUUGCAACACUUCCCACCAGCAUCACAUUUAAAUUGCACCUGAUUCUCAAACAGUGGGUUGAGGCAAGACCUGGCAGCUUCAUCAGGUUACAAACUGAUGUAACGGCUGGGCAGAUAAAAUUAGCAACUGCUAAAAUUAGCAGCUGCCUGUUCAUAUGCAUUCUCUUGUGGUGGCUCUCACAAUAUGGAAUGGCCUGCCUGAGUCUUAUCUGGAAGGUCCUGUGCUUAUAUUGGUGUGCAGAAUGUACAAAGCAGAUAUGUUCAGGAGGGUAUUCUUAUAGAGGGAAUAGGAUGCCGUUAAAAUGGAUCAGCUGAGUAAGUUGCCUAUGCAAAUAGAGGUGGGAAAUUCCUGGAUAUUUGGGGGGUGGAGCCUAGGAAGGGCAGUAUUUGGAAGGAGGGGGACCUUAGCAGGGGGUCUUUAGCCUCCACUCUUCCAAGCAGCCAUUUUUUCAGGGGAUCUGAUCUUUGUUGUCUAGAGAUCAGCUGUAAUUCCAGGAGAUCUCCAGACCCCACUUGGAUAUCCUAUCUAUAAAGGAUAACAUUGUGAUAUCUUGCAAUGUUUAUUGUACAUAUCACCCCUUUUGCUGCAAUUCUAUUUGUUGACCUUUGUAACCAUUUCUUCAGUAUGAGACAUCAAAUCUGAUAGCUUUUGCUUGCUUUAAUUGUUCCCCAGUUCUUCAGCCCUGCCCCAUUCCAUUGUUUUGCUUAUUGAAGAUCUUUGUUGUUUGAAUGGUUUUUUUCUUGUUUUGUAAUCCACUUCAAGUCUCGGUGAGAAUGACUGGCUAAAAAUGAAGUUACUACUACUACUAUUAAAGAGCGACCAGAAGGUAGCGAAUAACAGCUAA